GUUAGCAUCCGACAGCAAUGGCGAAGCAUCAUCCUGAUCUCAUCAUGUGCCGGAAGCAGCCCGGCAUUGCGAUCGGUCGCCUCUGUGAGAAAUGCGAUGGCAAGUGUGUCAUCUGCGACUCAUACGUGCGUCCAUGCACGCUUGUCCGGGUGUGCGACGAGUGCAACUAUGGCUCAUUCCAGGGAAGGUGUGUGAUCUGUGGAGGAGUCGGCAUCUCAGACGCCUACUACUGCAAGGAGUGUACCCAGCAGGAGAAGGACCGGGAUGGUUGUCCGAAGAUUGUCAAUCUUGGAAGCGCAAAGACUGAUCUCUUUUAUGAGCGCAAGAAGUAUGGUUUUAAGAAGAGAUGAUCGAGCAGAGGGAGUUGCUGGGUUCUACUGGCUGCGUGUUUGUGUUCUGUCGCACUGAUGCUGAGAGCAGGUUGCCUGAGGCAGCAGCUUUGUAUUUGUGUUUAUGAUUUGAUAUUGAUGUGAGGAUACACCCCCCUGAUAUGCUUUGUAAUAAGUAGUUCAACUGUAUGGUGUAAUACUCUAGAAGCUGGAUUAUGCAAUUUAUGUGGUACGGUGAUGGCCACGGUUGGUCUUAAAAAUUCUGGAACACACGACCAUUUCUAGCAUA